ACGCCAUGAUCGCUAAGGUUGCAGCAGUGCUAGCUCUUGUGGGCGUGGCCCUCGCCGCCCCCUCCGACCCCUACGGCCCGCCCGCUCACCAACCCGUCUACAAAGAGGACCCUAUUCCAUACAACUUCGCCUAUGCUGUUAAGGACGAAUAUGCUGGAACUGACUUCGGCCAAAAUGAGGAAUCCGACGGCCAAACAGUCAAGGGAUCCUACACUGUUCAGCUUCCCGACGGCCGCAAACAGACGGUGAACUACGUGGCCGACCACUACAACGGCUACCAGGCUGAGGUCAGCUACUACGGUGAGGCUCAGUACCCCCACGAGUACGGUCCCCCCGUCACCUUCAAGCCCCAAAGCUAUGGACCACAGCCUUCAUAUCAGCCCCAGCCUUCCUACCAGCCCGAGCCCUCAUACCAGCCCCAGCCUUCCUACCAGCCCGAACCCUCAUACCAGCCCCAGCCUUCCUACCAGCCGGAGCCCUCAUACCAGCCUCAGCCUUCAUACCAGCCCGAACCCUCAUACCAACCACAGCCCUCAUACCAACCUGAGCCUACAUACCAAUAAGAUGACGUUACUCAGUGCAUCUCCAGUUGUUAUAUCGUAGUUGAGUUUAUUUGUACACAAGUUCCUCCUAAAUAAAGUAAUUUAAGUGUC